AUGCACGCCUUGGGUUUCGCUCGGGUCCUUUUGGCCGUCUCCGUCUUCGCCAACGCCGCCUUCGCCAAGGCCGUCGAGGUUCCCGGCAUGGCCGUCGUCGUCCGCCAGGCCACGCCGGCCCAGUCUACCAUCAUGUCGUGCGGCGAGUACUCGCGCAUCGCCAACCUUUCCACCGUCGGCGUCAACAGCACCUACCGCUCCACCUUCUUCGCCGCCUCGCCCAACGGCAACCAGUUCAACGCCGAGGUCCUCGAUACCGCCAUCGCCAAGCUGCCCUCCGUCAUCAUGGACCGCUCCCUCAACGAGGCCUGCGGCAACCUGACCGCCCUCGCCAUCCGGGAGGCCGCCAACAACUUCACCAUCCGCACCGUCCUCCAGUUCUCCAACAUCCCCGUCCCUCAGCCCCUCGACGUUGGGACCAACAUCAUUUUCUGCUGCGCCGUUGCUCUGUUCUUCAUGGGCGGCGUCUGGUUGACCAUGCCGUAA